CGAUUUUCUCUGCAUCAAGAACGAGUCCGCUGCUUUAUUCGUGUUGAUAGAAGUUUAUUCAACCUUUUGGGAUAUUGUCGCAAAGGAAAAAAAAACCCCGGAGCGGGCGUGCAUCCUCACGCCAUAAAUAUUCCCCUAGCAGAAAUGACAACCCUCACAAUAACCUCUCAGGUAACGGCGGGCACAAGUCCUCUUCCCACGGCAGAGGUAAAAGUUUCUUUCGAAUGGAUUAUACAUGCUUUGGCGUCGAUGGACGCAGUAAGUGCACAACCCUCGUCAAGACAGCAAAGUCAACCCAUUGAAGUCACGGCUGGUAUCGCUUCUCUCAAGCAAGGAGUUAUAUCUCAGGACCGCCGUGAAUCUUCCGUGAAUCCAAAGCCACUUGGAGGCGAUUUGAAUCCCAGACAAAUGAGAAGAACAGUUGUCAUUCGAGCUUGUCAGCGCGACACGAGUCAAAAGUAUUUCUUAGCCCGGCUCCAUUGCAAGCGCAAUCUCGAGCAGAUUGGUGGCGAAUGUCCACCUCGCGCCAAGCGUCCAUGUACGAAGGCUACGGUCCUUUCUUGUGCGGAUGCUACAGAGUCCGAAGCCAUAACUUCUGCGGCCGAGGAGGCACCCACCAAGUGCAGGCUGCUACGUCUGCCUGCCGAGAUUCGAAACAUGAUAUGGCGCUUCGCAGUCGUCUCGCCCGAGCAGCUCAACAUCGUAGGCGACAGUCCACAGCAGCCUGCUCUGGCGCGGACGUGCCGCCAGAUUCGGAAUGAGUGCCUUCGGUUCUUUUACCGGGAGAACAGCUUCGCCUGCACCAUCUACAACUACGAUCCGGUCAACUUCAAGCGCUACCGCAAGGUUGGAGACAAGUACGGCCUCAGCACCGUCCUACUCACGCAUCGCCACGACCCAAACGCCUCGCGCGAGUUCUUGCGUAGCAACCUCCUGUCCUGGCUUGAAGGCACCGUCAGAGGCGACACCGCGCCGCUGGGCUACAGCGCCGGUCACUCCGAAGAGUCUUUUACCUGGGACAAGCUCAGCCACCGCAUAGUCAAGGUUUUCAACAUCGCAAGGAACCUCAGGGCCGCGAACGUUGAUCUAGCCAUCUCUAAGGACAUCUUGAGCAAUGCCUUGGACGCCGCAGGCAUUUGUGGAGAGAAGCGUUAGGGAGAGGUGACCGCCGUGGACGGAGGAGCAGCGUUAGGUAUUCGAAAGACGCGAACUACACGAAAAAUGCGGAGACGGGCUGGAAUUCUAUGAACCUAUCGAAUAAAGACUGAUGUGAACAAUCUGCUUCUCUUUUGUCUGAGCUGAAGACGCUUCCAGCUUUUGUGGAGGUCCCCAAGCCCGGCUUUUCUAUUGAUCGAGACUUUUUUCAUAAUUACGGUCAAUACAAAAGACCUUUCAGACACGAAGAAGGCUGGGUCAACGCGAAGCUCCACUGAACGAUUCGCCAUGGCCCGGAUUUGUCGUCUAUUUCAAUCUCAGAAGCUACUUGGCAUUGGGAUAGGCAACCUUUUGAUACGAUGUAAGCCACAAAAUGACGUGAUUUUACCUCAGAGAACUUCAAGAAAGACUGUGUUAUGCAAGCGUGCGUUAAGUUAUAGUGACUAGGUGUUGGAUAAGGUAUCUUCUGGAUCCAAGAAAAAUGAAAGAAUUUUUUCUAGAAAAAAAGGAGAAAAAAAAUUCAUGAUUCUACUUUUACUAGAAGUCAACGUGAGAUCAAAUUGCACAUUAGUUUGAAGAUAAGAUCAA